GUUGCGUACUGCUACACACAGACACUGUACUGAGUACACUGCCAUUUUCGCUCCUCUUCUCCGUGUGUUCAUAAAGCUACCAAUUCCAAUCAUUCAAAACCCUAACCAAAUCGUCCGUACAUUUCAUUACCUGCUAACACAUCAUUCACAGAGCGGUCUAUUAGGGUUCUAAGCUCUCACAAUUCACUCAGAUUUUGAUUUUAAGUAAGCAAAAUGGGUGAGUUUAUUGAUGCAAUGGAGGAAGACGAUAUCGAUAAUGUAGGUACAAGUAGUAGAAUUAGUGACAAGGUUUCUACUAAGCUGGAUGAUUUGGAUUUGGAUAUUGAUUUUGAUGAUGAUGACGAUGACUUGUCUGAUUCUGAUAUGAUAGAAACAGCAAGCUGUUUGAAGAAAAUAGGGGAAGUUGGUUUGAAAGAUUUUUGUAAGAAGGCGAUGAGUUUGUUUUUUAGCGAGUAUGGUUUAAUUAGUCAUCAGAUUAACUCGUAUAAUGAUUUUAUACACAAUGGGAUACAGAAGGUUUUCGAUUCGUUUGGUGAUUUGCUUGUCGAGCCGGGUUAUGACCCGUCGAAAAAGGGUGAGAAUGAAUGGAGGUUUGCUUGUAUUAAAUUUGGAGAAGUUGCUUUGGAGAAACCGAGUUUUUGGGCUGGUAAUGAGGAACAUAAUAUGCUUCCUAGACAUGCUCGCCUUCAGAAUAUGACUUAUUCUUCGCGGAUUAAGGUCAAUGUCAGUGUUGAGGUCUACUCUCAAAAGGUUGUUAGAAGUGACAAGUUUAAAACCGGAAAAGAGCAGUAUGUUGAUAAAGAAACUCUUAGUACGGACAACAGAAGUAUCAUUAUUGGGAGGUUACCUGUGAUGGUCAAGUCUGACCUUUGUUGGAUGAAAACAGCUGAGAAAGGUGACUGCGACUUUGAUCUUGGAGGGUAUUUUGUGAUCAAGGGUGCUGAGAAAGUUUUCAUAGCACAAGAGCAGUUGUGUUUGAAGAGAUUAUGGAUUUCAAAUAUUCCAGAAUGGGCUGUUUCAUACAGGUCUGAGGCGAGGAGAAAUAGACUGAGUGUUAAGUUAGUGGGGCUUGCUGAAAUUGAAGACAACAGAGCAGAAAAGAAAGGUCUGAAUGUAUUUUUUUUGUCGACUGAGAUCCCUCUCUGGAUAUUGUUUUUUGCUCUUGGUGUUUCAUCAGAUAAAGAAGUUGUAGAUUUCAUUGGUUAUGAUUUAGAUGAUUCCAGGAUUCUGAAUAUUUAUAUGGCGUCGAUUCAGUAUGCCAACGAGAAAUGUGAUAGGUUUCGUAGGGGGAAGGCAGCUCUUGAUUAUAUUAAUGAACAGAUACGUACAACUUCAUUUCCACCUCCAGAAAAUGAAGACUGCUUGCAAUUAUAUUUGUUUCCAAGUCUCCAUGGUCUUAGGCAAAAAGCUCGGUUUUUAGGCUAUAUGGUAAAGUCUCUUUUACAAGCAUAUAGUGGGCAAAGAACUUGUGAUAACAGGGAUAGUUUUAGAAAUAAGAGAUUUGAUCUAGCUGGUGAAUUGCUUGAGCGAGAGCUAAGAAAUCAUAUUUCACAUGCAAGAAGGCGCACGGCCAAGGCUUUGCAAAGAGACCUCUAUGGUGAUCGUGAUGUGCGGUCAAUUGAAAAUUAUUUAGAUGCUUCCAUAAUAACCAACGGUAUGUGUAGAGCGUUCUCAACUGGAGCAUGGUCGCAUCCAUAUAAGAGAAUGGAAAGGAUUUCUGGCGUUGUCGCAAAUCUUGGGCGUGCAAAUCCAUUGCAAACGAUGGUUGAUUUGCGGAAAACAAGAUAUCAGGUUCAGUACACAGGGAAGGUUGGAGAUGCUAGAUUUCCGCAUCCAUCUCACUGGGGUAGGGUUUGCUUUCUUUCCACUCCCGAUGGUGAAAAUUGUGGACUUGUAAAGAAUUUGGCUGCUACUGGAAUUGUUAGCACUAACAUAUCAGAACCUUUUACUGAAAAAUUGGUUUCUCUUGGAAUGGAGAAGGUUCCCGAUGAUUCCUAUUCGAAGCUGGAUGACAAGCAUAAAGUAUUUCUCAAUGGAGAAUGGGUUGGAGUUUGUGAAGAUUCCCGAUUAUUUAUUUCUAAACUUAGACGCCUGCGGCGGAGGAAGAAGUUGCAUCAGCUGGUGGAAAUUAAAAUAGACGCAGAGCAAAGAGAAGUACGCAUAUUUUCUGAUGCUGGAAGGGUUUUACGCCCCCUUUUGGUUGUUAAGAAUUUACAUAAGAUAGAAUCAUUUAAAGGUGGAAAUUAUACCUUUCAAUCACUUCUGGGCAGUGGAAUUGUUGAGUUUGUUGGAACCGAAGAGGAAGAGGAUUGUAGUACCGCAUGGGGUAUCAAACGUCUCCUAUCGGGACUUGAUGGGAAGCAAUCUUUGAAUUAUACUCAUUGCGAACUUGAUAUGUCCUGCUUAUUAGGAUUAAGUUGCGGAAUUAUUCCUUUUGCCAAUCAUGAUCACGCAAGAAGAGUUUUAUAUCAGGCGCAAAAACAUUCUCAACAAGCAAUUGGUUUUCCUACUACAAAUCCAAAUAUUAGAGUGGACACUCUAACUCAUCAAUUGUAUUAUCCCCAAAGGCCACUUUUUCGGACAAUGACUUCUGAUUGCCUUGGAAAACCAGGAAACUCGCGAGGUUUGAGUGGAAUGGUAUCAAAGCCUGAACUCUACAAUGGUCAGAAUGCUAUCGUGGCAGUCAACGUCCACUUAGGAUACAAUCAAGAGGAUUCACUAGUAAUGAAUCGGGCUUCUUUAGAACGUGGUAUGUUUCGAUCUGAACAUAUCAGAAGUUAUAAGGCGGACGUUGAUAAUAAAGAAAUCUUAGAUAAGAGGCGAAAAUUUGAAGACAAUGUGAAUUUUGGAAAGAUACAGAGUAAAAUUGGACGCGUUGAUAGCCUCGACGAUGAUGGUUUCCCAUUUAUUGGUGCUAAUCUUCAGAGUGGUGAUAUUAUUAUUGGGAAGUGUGCUGAUUCCGGAGCUGAUCACAGUAUAAAAUUGAAGCACACUGAAAGAGGCAUGGUCCAGAAAAUCAUACUGUCAUCAAAUGAUGAGGGAAAAAAUUAUGCUGUUGUAUCUCUGAGACAGGUUCGUUCUCCAUGUCUUGGAGAUAAAUUUUCAAGCAUGCAUGGACAAAAGGGUGUUCUAGGAUUUCUGGAGUCCCAAGAAAACUUCCCUUUUACAAGACAGGGAAUAGUUCCUGAUGUUGUUAUAAAUCCGCAUGCAUUUCCUUCACGACAAACUCCGGGACAACUUUUAGAGGCAGCUUUGGGAAAGGGAAUUGCUUGUGGUGGUUCAAUGAAAUAUGCCACCCCUUUCUGCACUCCAUCUGUUGAAACUAUUACAGAUCAGCUUCACAGGGCUGGAUUUUCAAGAUCCGGCAAUGAGAGGGUCUAUAGUGGUCGAACUGGGGAAAUGGGUCGUAAUCUCAUCUUCAUUGGUCCAACGUUCUACCAGAGAUUGAUCCACAUGGCUGAAGACAAAGUAAAAUUCCGCAACACCGGACCUGUCCACCCACUCACCAGACAACCAGUUGCAGACCGCAAGCGAUUUGGUGGGAUCAAGUUUGGUGAAAUGGAACGUGACUGCCUCAUAGCUCAUGGUGCAUCGGCCAAUCUGCAUGAGCGCCUUUUUACACUUAGUGAUUCAUCACAGAUGCAUAUCUGCCGGAAAUGCAAGAAUAUGGCUAACGUGAUUCAGCGUGCAGUGCCUGGUGGCCGCAAGAUUAGGGGUCCGUAUUGCCGAGUUUGUGAGUCAGUUGAUGAAAUUGUGAAGGUGAAUGUACCUUACGGGGCAAAGUUGUUGUGCCAGGAGCUUUUCAGCAUGGGCAUAGGUUUGAAGUUCGAAUCCCGGCUUUGCUGAGCUUGUAUUUGCUGGUUGUGAAAUGCCCUUUUUAGACUGUAUAUGUGCUGUUUGGUACAAUUAUAGGGUAACCAAAACUAGUUUAUUUUUAAGUGUUUGCUGAGCUUGUUACUUGGCAUGUAUUUUGGGUUUGGGUUGUACAUAUUAUGUUUGAACAGGAUUUGAUUUUCUUUGUCACUGUUGUCAAUGUCAUUUACAUGAAUUUUCUCUUUUUCAA